AUGGGUGAAGGCUCUGCGAUGGUGGCAAUGAGCGAAAUUGUGAUGGGAGAAACUCCUCCUUCGUCGUCCACUUUCGAUGCCUUGGAGUACAUCGAAGAGCUCUAUACACCAUCUUCCUUGGAGCGCGCACAGGUUGUGCAAGAUUUUGAUGACCAGAUGCCUACUUCCAUAAGACAUUUAGAGGAUGUUUAUGUAUCGGAAACGGAUUCGAACGAGACUGACGGAAACAGCAUUCCAGAGAUGAUUGCCCUUGGUCUUGAAAUUUACAAGAACUUGGGGUAUUAUGCGAUAUUGAAAAGGCCUUCUAAGGACUACAUGAAGACGGUCCAGAUCGAUAUUAAUGUGGAAAUGCGAGCUAGUCUCAUCAAUUUGCUAGUGAGGGUAACCGAAAUGAAAAAGCUUCUACUUCGACCCGAGACACUAUGUUUAACCGUGAGUUACAUUGAUCGUUAUCUGUCCAACAUUUCAAUUAACAGCCAACAGUUACAGUUGCUUGGACUUGCCUGCAUGAUGAUUGCUUGGAAAUACGUCUCACUUAAAGCCACUCCCAAAGUGCCAGUGUGGUGCCAUGUUACCGGUAAAAGUUACCUGAAAGAUGAGAUGCUACAAAUGGAAUCCGCCGUGCUGUACCACUUGAAAUAUGAAAUGGCAGUCCCAACAGCUUAUAAUUUUCUGAGGCAUGUUGUUUGGGUUGCCGAAACGCGUGAUCGGGAUCAUCUGUUGCAGCUCAAAUGUUUGGCCAGCUACAUUGUACAGUUAUCACUUCUGGAUUACGCUAUGCUUCGUUAUGCACCGCAGCAAGUCGCGGCUUCUGCCGGUUUCUUGGCCAGAUUUAUACUAUCUCCUUCAGACAAACCUUGGGAUGCUAAAUUGAGGGAAUACACACUAUACCAGCCCUCUGAUUUAGAGGAAUGUGUUAAGGCAUUGCAUCUUCUCUAUCGUGACGGAGGUGGUACCGCUUUGAGUGCGAUCGCAGCCAAGUAUAGCCAGUCGAAGUACUGUUCUGUGUCAAAGAGGGAGUGCCCAGCAACAAUACCAGAGCAGUUCUUCUGGGCUGUGUGA